CCUGGGCCAGAUUUGAGGAUCCGUGCUGUAGACAGAGAAUUCCCAUUUGAGGGCGUGGCUUGUUCGUGGUUCUGACUCUAUGAUUUUAGUUACUUUCGUUUUAGGCCUGAUCUGGUCUUGUCAGGGAGAUGAAGCCACACAGCGUCAACGUAUUACCUCUUCAUACCAUUUCCAUGAAAUACGUAGUUGCACAGUCAAAGUGUCACCAGGAGAUAAGCCUGUCUGCCGGCAACACCACCAAAACGUUUGGCUCUCUAAAUUAAGGACAUUAAAGGUGUAAAUCCAAAGUGGCUAUUGAUUUCUGGAAUGUGAUGAAUGAAGCUUCAGUGGAUUUCUUUCUCAAUGGCAUAAUAAAUGCAAUUUUCAUUCAAUAAUCACUCAAAAAAAGGACAAAUGGCAAAACAUUUUCCACUUUCUCCUUGACUAGCCUUUUAAGUAAACAAAUAGAUGUUUAAAAUGCAUAAUAAAAUUACAUACUCCCAGCUGUUAAAAUUACCUGAACUAUAACCUACAGGAUCUAUACAGGAUCAUACAGUGAAAUGGCGGAUGGAUUUUCUAACAUGGUUAACAAUGUGACUGCAUCUCUUAAAAAAGAGGAGUGUAAGACCCUACGGUACCUUUGUACAGAUUUGUUCAACAACAUCUGUGUGGAAGAUUUGAGAGGAGCUUUGUUGGCAUUUGCCAAACAGACACAAACUCAAUCAGGCCAGUCUCAAGCUGGUGAUGCCCUACUGAUGGAGCUCAUGUUCCGAAUGAAGCGCUUUGAUAUCCUAAAUAAGUUUUUUGGCACCAACAGACAACAGGUAGAAGGAAUUGUGAAGAAGGGCGGCGUCCUCUCAGAUUACAGGGUUCUAAUGGCAGAUGUGAGCGAAAACCUGGAGGAUGAGGAAUUACAAUCUCUUAUAUUCCUCCUGAGCAGUACCCUGGCCAAAGAAAGACUAGCUAGAGCUACUAGCUUUCUAGAUGUGGUGGUGGAGUUGGAGAAGUUAGAUGAAGUAUCUUGUGAUAAGCUUGACCUGCUUGAGCAGUGUUUGAGGAACAUUCACAGAAUGGACCUUGUCGAAAGGAUUGAGGCCUAUAAGAAUAGAGGUCAGAAUGUACCAUGUGCAGUUCCGAAGGUUCAGGAUUAUUUUAAGUUCGCCCCUGUGCAACAUCAGUCUCCUGUUCAACUAGUGAAACAAUCACAAUGCUGUUCUCAAGAGUUGCACAUUUUGAAGCUUUCAGUGCCUGAAACAGGGACACAACAUCAAGAGGCUUUUAUGGAGGAGUAUGAAAUGAAUCUUGAGCAGAGGGGUCUGUGUAUGAUUAUUGACUGUGUUGGCUUUGAUGGAGACUUGUUGAAUCAGACAUUUGAGCGUCUGGGUUUCAGGGUCAUUCUCCACUCUCUCCUGGGUCUAAAAGAAACCCAGAAGGUCUUGGAAGACCUGACCCGCAACAGGAUCCUUCAUGGGGUCAAUCGCUUUGUCUGCUGCAUCAUCAGCAGGGGAACGGACACUUAUCUGUUGGCUACGGACUCUAGUCGCCUUGGCAUCAGGCUGGAGGAUCUCAGGCAGCUUUUCAGCCCUACCAACUGUCCCUCUCUGUGUGGUAAACCUAAACUCUUCUUUACCCUGAUCUACAGGACCUCAGAAGCCCCAAAUACAUGCUCAAUGGACGAUGAAUACCUAGAGACAGAUGCACCAACAUGCCACUGUUCUAGGAGGCAAUGUGCAGACGCAAGGACUAUCCCAGUGUCUGCAGAUGUCCUUUGGAGCGUGUGCAGAGCAGAGGCAAAGCUGCUGGAAGGGUCUGGCCACCAGUCUGUUUACAUGCAUGCUUUAAGCUCUACCUUACUGAGGGGACGUGAGAGAAAGAUGCUUUUAUUGGACGUCAUGGCAGAGGUGAACAGAAACGUGGUUAGUCACAAUCAACAAAAUCCUGGCAAUGAGUACCACUUUCAACUCUCACACACACUACGCAAGAAACUUUACUUGUAACACUUAAUGUGUACAUCACAACACAAACUUUGUCUCUCUUUCACACACACACACACCGCACUUGUUGUUUUUAGAAUGGAAUUAUUGUUUGUGCCCAUAUAGUGGAUGAAUAAUCUGACCAUAGCUGAAUACUGCCGUAGCGUCUUGUCCUAUAACAUUGUGUUUUAUGUAUUUGAAAAAUGAUCAAUAUUGCUAUUUAUUUAUGUAUCUUUACCUCCUGUGGCAGCUAAUACGAUGUUCUCUGUUGCAGUUACAAUGCUAGUGCCUCAUUAAUUAAUUUAAGAAUACCUUGUCAUCAGUCAGGCUAAAUUAAGUUUAUUUGUAUAGGUCUUUUGAAAAUACUGUACAUAUUGUCUCAGAGCAGCUUUACAAAAAAAUCAUGCCUUAAUGCUCCAAUAGUGCAAGGCAAAGAUGAAUGGUUCAAGGAAAGCAACUCUGAGUUGUUUAGGUGAUGAACAGAAGCUUUGGGUAGGAAUCAGACCCCAUCAUCCUCUGGUAUGACAUCUAGUUACAUUGUAUGCUGUAGUAUUAAUCAUGGGUCCAUUGAAUACAUUUUUAAUAUGUGAGAUUUGAGAAUCUUGUUGAGUAAUGCAUUUAAACAUAUAUAUUUUUCAUAACAUCAUAUACACAUCAAUAAUAAUGCAUAUGCAACUUAUACCAAAUAUAUCCUUGUCGUCUCAUAUUUUUGAUGUUCUAUGUACUGCUGUAUCAGGAGGCUGGAGUUUUGUGACCUUAAUGAGCGUGGUGGAAUGUAGCGUGAUAGAUCACUAGAGCAGACCAUAAAGUAGACCAUAUAGGGCUUUAAAAGUAAGUUGACAUGAAGUGAUGAUUAUAUUUGGGCUGAUCUGAUCAGAUUUUCUGGAUCUGGUAAGAAUAGGCUAUUGAAGUAGUCUUUAAAAAAAUAAUAAAUAAAACACAACUGUUCAGAGUAGCUGCUCUAUUCCAUUUUCCUUCACUUUUUCCCUAAUUUUUAAUAUGUAGAAUUUGUAAAUUAUAAUAUGUAUCAAACCAGAUUGUACCACAACUUUAAUAUCAAAUUAUUUAAACAUGUCUAAUUGUCAUUCAAUUAAAUAACUUAUCAUAUUCAUGUAAUUCAUUCCUUCUCCCUUCAGAGACUUAUUUGUGAAUUGGUUACUGGAUGAUUUGUAUUAGCAGAUUAAAAGAUGACCGAAUAUGAAAACAGUGACCAGUAUAAAAAAUAUCUCUAAAGUGCAUUACUCUUGACAGCAUGAAAUGUGUAGAGAAAAUGAGUAUUUUGAAUAAAAAUGCUUUAAAUCUACAAUCCUUCAAAAAUUUCAUCUCGCUAUCUUGAGUCAUUUUUCACCACCUUCUAGUAUAAAACAAUAACCUGCAAAGAGAGUCAGUAAAUUAAUCUUUUUCAGUGAAUACAUUCAAAAGUUUUGAUUCAUUGAACUCCCGUUCACUAGCAGGGCUGGAAAUGGGGGGCACGCGGGGGGAUGGAGUCCGGGUGUGAAUUUCGAGGGGGGCGGUGUUCCAGUUCCAACUGCCAGGGCCGUCCUUAGGGG